UUUGCAGUAAUGUGAAAUUGAGUUACUCUUCUUCUUCUUCUUCUUCUUCACAGUUCCAAGUUCAGACAAACCAAAACCCCUUCUUCACUCCUCACACAGAUCCACAACCAUCUUUCUCUCUCCAACACUUCAUUCUCUCUCUCACUCUCUCUCUAAAAUGUCUCCUAUAGCUACUCUCGUUACCACUCUCUUCCUCAUCAUAUUUCUCCAAACACAAGCUUCCGUUCACGAUUACAGAAGCGAAACUUUCUCUGUCAAAGGUAACGCCUUUGUCGUCCAUGGAGGCAGCGAAGGAAUUUACUCAUCUACCCUCAAUGAAACUUCCGUCUCACCUUCAAUUCCCGACUCUUUCAUUAGGUUUGAUAAAGUCACAUUCCGUAGAAACAAGGAAUUAUCAAACUUUAGCUCAUGGCCGAUUCAAGCUGUUGUUUUUGAAGUUGAAGAUAGAGAGAUGAUUGGUGGUUCGGCCUAUGGGGGUCAACGGGCCGUUUGUUGCACUGGUGAUCUGGCUAAACUCGGUGUGUGCAAUGAAGGGCGUGUCAUUCACCGUCCUUCUACCACCGUGAAUUCGGAUUGGCCUCAAGUUUUUGGUGUUGCUUUCGAGAUGGACGAUGAAGUGGCAGAGCUGCCGUUGAAAUCUAUACAGAUCACGAAAACUGGGAUGUAUAAUUUGUAUUUCAUUCAUUGUGAUCCGAGGCUUAAGGAAUUGGUUGUAGAAGGGAAAACUGUAUGGAAGAAUCCAUCGGGUUAUCUUCCCGGUAGAAUGGCACCGAUGAAAAUUUUCUUCCAGUUCAUGUCUUUCGCGUAUGUGUUGCUUGGUGUGUUUUGGUUCUUUCAAUAUGUUAGAUUUUGGAAGGAAAUAUUUCCACUGCAAAACUGCAUCACACUAGUGAUAACACUAGGAAUGUUUGAGAUGGCUUUUUGGUACUUUGACUAUGCUGAAUUUAGCGAAACAGGAGUCAGGCCAACCGGGACGACCAUAUGGGCAGUUACGUUUGGAACUGUUAAGAGAACUAUUGCACGGUUGAUCAUUUUGAUCGUUUCAAUGGGCUACGGUGUUGUGAGACCUACCCUUGGAGGCCUUACAUCGAAGGUUGUUAUGCUUGGUGGAACCUUCUUUGUUGCAUCUGAAGUUCUUGAAUUGGUAGAACAUGUUGGUGCAAUAAGUGAUCUUUCGGGUAAAGCAAAACUUUUUUUGGUUCUUCCCGCUGCGGUAUUAGAUGUGUUCUUCAUUCUUUGGAUUUUCACUUCAUUGUCUGCAACGUUAAAUAAACUUCAGGCUAGAAGGAUGAUGAUAAAAUUAGAUAUGUAUCGGAAGUUCACCAAUGCUUUGGCAGUAGCUGUGGUGGUAUCUGUGGGAUGGAUAUGUUAUGAGCUGUAUUUCAAAUCAAAUGAUAUAUACAAUGAGCAAUGGCAAAAUGCUUGGAUCAUCCCAGCCUUUUGGCAAGUUCUAUCCUACUCUCUCCUGUGUGUCAUCUGUGUUCUCUGGGCACCAUCUCAAAAUUCAACGCGAUAUGCUUACCGUGACGAUGGGAGCGAGGAGUUUGACAGAGAUGAUACUACUUUGACGCUCAUAAAACCGUCGUCUAUUUCAACAAAGGAUGUUAGAAGUGUUCCAGAUGUAAGGCCAGUACAAGACAACAAUGGAACUUCAAAUGAUGAUUUAGAAGAAGAUAAAAGAGAAUAAGCUAGAAUAUAGCCUUGGUUCUAUAGUUCCAUUGUAUCCUUAGCUCUAUAACUCUUUUCUUUUAUUGAAAAUUAGCUCUAAAACUCUUUCCUUUUAUUUAUUAUUUUUCUGAUUAGUCUUCUUUGUUCUUAAUCUGUUAGCACAGUUACUUGUGAGUCUGAAUUCCAUGAUAGAAGUAUAGUUCAGUUCAGUUCAGUUUUCUAGUACAAAGAAACUUUCUUCAAUUAUGAAGUAUUUUUUAUGUAUAUCAUUAUUAUUAUUAUUA